AUGAGUGGAGACGUUAAUAAGUUUAUACCGGCCUUUUACUCUCAUCGGAGUGUUUUUGUUACUGGUAGCACAGGUUUCAUUGGUAAAGCAUUGUGUUAAAAAUUACUCAGAUCUUGUCCGGACAUUAAAGAAAUAUUUCUGUUGAUACGGCCACAAAAGAAUUUAACCAUCAAUAAUAAGCUCAAGAAGAUGUUGAAUAACAAACUUUUUGACACAUUACGAAGCGAACGGCCAUCCAGUUUCGAUAAACUCAUUCCUAUAAGCGGAGACAUAAUUACUAAAGACUUGGGAGUGUUGCCAAAGGACAGACAAUUGUUAAUCGAAAGAGUAUCGAUAAUUUUUCACAUUGCGGCUAAUGUUCGUUUUGAUGAGAGUCUCAAGAAUAUCGUUUUCUGCAACUUACGAGCAACGCGCGACGUUUGUAUUUUAGCUCAAUCCAUGAAAAAUAUAGUAGCUUUAAAUUAUGUGAGCUCGACGUACACACAAAGCGACAAACUCGCGGUGGACGAGGUCUUGUAUCCCUUCGAAGUCGACUGGAGGCAGACGAUCAAGAUCGCUGAGUCUAUUGACGAAGAAAUUCUAAAAAUAUUCACAAGAAAAUAUAUAGGAACGUUCGUAAACACUUACGUUUUUACAAAAAGAUUAGCCGAGCAAGUAAUAAGUGACUAUUCCGAAUCACUGCCUUGCCUUAUCAUUAGACCGUCUAUAGUUGUAGCAACAGUUAUGGAUCCUCUAUCAGGUUGGACUGACAGUUUCAAUGGUCCAUUUGGCAUGGUUAUUAGCGCUGGUGUUGGGAUACUACACGUAGCGUAUGCAGAUUCUAGUACAAAUUGCGACUAUAUCCCGAUAGAUUUAGUAAUUAGAGCAAUGUUAGUCGUGUCUUGGAAACGCGGAAUACAAAAUAUCUCUGAGAACAAUAGCCUUCACAUUUACAACUGCUCUAUAGGCAAUACAAAAUCCAUAAGCCUCGGUGAAAUGAUAACCAGUGGAAUGCGUUACUUAGAUGAUAUUCCUCUCAAACACAUUUGAAAACCAUAUGUGAUUCUGACAACAAAUCGUUCGCUAUAUUACAUAUUGAUGAUAAUAUUACAUAUUGUGCCCGCAGUAUUCAUAGAUGAAAUAUUAAAAUUAUUUCGUGCAAAACCGAUAUUAUUAAGAUUGCAACGAAAAAUAUAUGUAGCAAACUAUGCUCUGUCGUUUUUUAUAUUUAAUGAAGAUAUGAAUCAUCUAGAACAAGCCAGACGUCAUUCUAAAAGGUAA